AUGGUUGCUAUUAGUAAAUAUUCUUCACCAACUGUCCAACAUGUUAAAUCAUAUCCUGUAGUAUCAUCAUUUACUAGUUAUUUAUUAACUUUCCAAAUUUUUGAUUACUUAAACACUCAAAUUUCAACUUUAUUAAAUAGUGGUAUUGAUUUUAUUUCAAAAUAUCCUGUUGUUAUAGAUAAUGUUAAAUUAGUUGAUGGUAAAUUCAACUCAUUGGUUUUAAAUACUUUUGAUUCAAUCAUAAGUGUACCAAUUUCUUAUUAUAAUGUUGGUAAAACCAAAUAUGAGACCACUUUUGAUACUUUCAAUAAGUAUUAUUUUGAUACUAUCAAUUAUUAUCUUGGUAUCAGUAAUGAAUACAAAUUUGAUGGAUCAAAAGUUUAUCAAUUCUUUAAAAUUUCAAAUUAUGGAUUAUUAAGUUCUAAAGAUAUUGUUAUUGCUAAUGGUAAGAAAUUUUCUGAUUAUUCAAUUUCUACUAUCAAUAAAGAAAUUGAAACUUUACCAAAAGAGAUUAAAAGUUACCCAAAAAUUGCUUACAAUGUUUUAGUUAAAUUUUAUAAUGAUUUCAAUGAAAACUAUUACACUCCAAUUAAGAAUCAAACUACUGAUUAUGUUCAAGAUGUUGCUAAUCAAACAAAAUCAAAAGCUGAUUUAUAUGUUAAAAAUUUGAAUUUCAUUCCAAAAGAAAAAGUUGAAAUUGAAAUUCCUGUUGUUAGUGCUUCCGCUUAA